AUGCCACAGCGCAAGUCUGAGACACCUUCCACGGCAUCGACCUUGCUCAGCUGCUUUGUCAAGGAAGUAGGUGGAGCCACUGAGACACUGGCGGUUCCUUGCGACCUGUACGGUCUGUUCGUUGCGGAGCCUUUGCAGCUCAAUGUUCGGGUCGAUGGUUACGUGAUCUUCUUUCUGGAGAUGACUCGCACAGUUUUCUUUCUUGCUGUGAACUUUGGAAUACAACUGAUGUACGUGACCAGGAUUCACAAGAUCAACAGGCAGAAUGAAGGUUCUCAGUGUGAACCGCGCAAAGCUUAUCUGCAACUGGUCUGUAUCUUCGUGUUUGCCACAAGCAUCUUCAAGGAACUGCGGAACUGCACCGACUUUCUGGACCUCCUGAUCAGGUGCCCGGUGAAGGAGUCCGAUGGGUACACCCGUGUGGGUGUUGGCGGCUGCGCUGCGGCCUUGGCUUUCUGGAAGCCAAAGUCCAACUCGAGGCAGCUGAUCACACAUCGUGUGGCCCCCUCUUCUGCCACAGCCGAGGAUCGACUCUUUAAGCUUGCGCGACUCUACCGCUGCGAGCAGAAAGACCACAUCUGGUCCAUGACCUACUUGUGGAAGAUGGUUUGCAUCGUUUUUGUCGCCUUGCCGCGCAUUGUCCUCUGCCUGCUCCUGCUGAAGGUUGCCUCGGGCUUCAUCGCACGCUCCAACGAGGAGUCUAUGGUCAUCGACACAGUUGCUGCGUUGUUCAUCAGCGAUAUCGGGACCUUUAUGUUCCAUGCCUUCACAACAAACAGCGUCAAGAACAAUCUGCGCAGGAUGCCGGCAGUGGAGUUUACCUCCACCAACUGCGCUCGACUUUUGUCCUUCUUCUUGGUGAACUUUGUCCUGCCAGUGGGCAUCUCAGGGAAGGGUGUGUGUCUUCGCUCCGACAUCAACUGCGCGGGUGUGGUUGCCGCUUCAGGGUCGCUUCGCCCACUGACAUUGCGCCGGUGGACAGGUACUGAAACUUCCAUGGAUCUGUACUUUGCUUGCAAGCUGCAGGCUUGGGCACUGCGCACGGCAUGCGUUGCCGUUGGGGUGGUGACCCUGCUGUCCCAGGCUGCCUUCGUGGUGCCAAAGCCAACUAUCAGCGAUGCCCAGAGCAGAACACUCGCAGGUUCUGGCUACGCAUCCUUGCGAGGAAGCCGCGGCCUUGUACUUCGAACGCCUCUCAAAGCUGAAGAGGCUGCUGAACCAGCCGGCGAGGCCAAGAAGAAAGUCGACUGGGUACUGUUGGCCUACUUUGCCAUGUGGUACCUGGGCAACUACUACUAUAACAUCACGAACAAGCUGGCCCUGAAGGCGGCCGGAGGCGCCAAGGGCUUUCCAAUGACGAUCGCGACGCUGCAGCUUGGUGUGGGCUGCCUCUGGGCGCUUCUGCUGUGGGGCUACCCGGACACGCGAAAGCUGCCCGAGAUCACUGCGGAGGACUACACUAAGACCCUGCUUGUUGGACUUACAUCUGCAGGUGCCCACGCAGCGUCGGUUUUUGCUCUCAGCGCUGGAGCUGUGUCGUUUGGUCAGAUUGUGAAGGCUGCGGAGCCGGCCUUCGCAGCACUGAUCGGCACCCUCUUCUACUCAUCGAAGGUGAGUGUUGGAAAGUGGCUCUGCCUGAUUCCCGUCAUCGGUGGUGUGGUCCUAGCCUCGCUCGCGGAGCUGGACUUUGCCUGGGCCGCCCUGAUCACGGCGGCGAUGGCCAACGUCUUCGCGGCCUUCAAGGGGAAUGAGAACAAGAAGUUGAUGGGCACGCCGGGGCUCAAGGACCGGAUGGGUGGUGUUGGAAACCAGUUUGCAAUUACGAUGAUUAAUUCCUUCAUCUUCUGCGUGAUCCUCUGUGCCAUCACGGAGGGGAGGAAGUUCGGAACCUUUUUGAAACUGGCGUCGAGCAACAACGUGGUUUUGCUGAACCUGAUAUACUCUGGUCUUUGGUUCUAUGCCUACAACGAGCUAGCGACCUUCACCAUCAAGAAGACAAAUGCGGUGACAUCAUCAGUGGCGAACACUGCAAAGCGCGUGAUCGUCAUCGUCGGUGUAGCGCUUGUGAUGCACGAGAGCCUCUCCCCUUUGAAGCUUAUAGGCUGCACCAUUGGCAUCGGCGGCGUUUUCUUGUACUCGGUGAUCGACGACCUGCUAAAGAAGUGA